AUGGCCUCAUCUGGCAAUUCAGAAGCCAUUGAUGGCGAAAACGUACUGCAGGCGUACGGGCAGGCCCAGUACGCCCAACGCAACUAUGUUGGCGCACUCGAAGCCUUCUCAACGAUGUUGACGGUUGCUAUGCGUGAUGCUGACCUGCUCGUCCAGGGAUAUCUGCGGACAGCUCAGGUUCUACAGCUGAAGCAAAGGCUCGAGGAUGCGCUACAGCUAUAUGAGUACGCCCUCAAAACGAUAGAUGCAAAUGAUGCAAAGCGCCCGAAGAUUGAAUUACUCAAAGCGAAGCUUGAAAAAGCUCUAAAUCCGCCGCGGCAGGAUCCGUUUGGCAUAUUACCACCUGAACUGGUGGCAAUGGUUUUGGGGCAUUUGGACCUACGUACGCUGAUAUGUCCGAAAGUGGUUGACAUUGAUUUGACUGAUCACUGGGCGACUCUGGAUGAUUACAGACUCCUGGACGAAUUCCCUGGGCUGAAGAGGUUAGCUAUACGAUCGGGGUAUACGCUAGGUUCUCAGGGGCUUGACGCCCUUCUACGUGUGCACCCUGUGCUUGAAUCACUUACAAUUCAGGCAAAGGACUUUAGUAUCGAGCAUAUCCGAGACAAGAGCUCACCCAUGUCGCAAUUGCGAUCUCUGGCUAUAAGCUUACCGGGGGCAUCCACCAGUGACCCCAUCUUCUUUGAUAGCACGUUAAAGGACCGAAUGCCCGUUCUUGAAGAGUUGAAGAUUACUGGAAGUUUGACAACGAUCAACUUUUACGAAUCAGAUAGGGAUAUAUCAAGCCAUCCUUGCUUACGCAUAAUCAAGCUAUCCCAACUUCGCCUGAGUAACCAUCUUGAAGCGUUACCACCAGCUCUGGAGGAAAUACAUAUGGCUCACAUGACAGAUGUGACCGAACAUUGGCCUGACCACAACAUCUUGAGGGGCCUUCCCAAUUUAAGGGUGGCAGUAUUUGAUAACCCUUCCAACGACAUCAACUCUCAAUCGUUAGAGGAAUACUUCGAAAGCGUUAAACCAAAUCUAACAUUAAAGUCUCUUACCUUGACCAAUUGCCGCUGGGUCAAUUCGUCUGCUUUAUUGCGUUUCAUGUUAGCAGACUAUUUAGACCCCCUAACCGAACUAAAUAUUGCCUCUAUGUGUGGGGUUGAAGACGAGACCAUCAUGGUUAUGCGCAGUGCAGUCCCCAAACUGAGGAAGCUGGACUUAUCCCGUACCCGUGUCACGGGCUUUUCAAUCAAGCUGCUCGCCGAUGAGGAGAACAGUAAACUGGAGACGUUGAUCGUGCAUGAAACAGAAGACCCGGUCAGCAGAGAUGCAGUUGAGUAUGGUCGGAGCAAAGGAAUCCAUAUCCCAACGCCAAUAUGUCAAAAAUACUGA